AUGUCCGGAACUCACGUGAAAAAACGAAAGGCCAAGAAUGCCACGUCCAAGCCGUCGGAAGCUUCACGUUCUCAGCAGUCAAGUCGAGGUUCAGGAUUUGGGUCAGGAAGGUUCCUAUGGGUGGGGAUACCGUUGUUGAUUGCUUUCGGUUCUUUUUUAUACUUUAAACCUUUACUUGUAACGGACAUUAUUGGAUCGGAAUGGGCAAAACCUGAUUUAAAAGAAAUUGAAAUCUCAGCAGACACGGAGAAACGAGACGCAGUUGUUGAAGCGUUCAAGCAUGCAUGGCGAGCAUAUGAAAGGGACGCCAUGGGUGAUGACGAAUAUCACCCUAUAACCCGUAAAGGAACGAAUUUGACGGAGGCAGGGGGGAUAGGUUAUACGGUUAUAGACUCGAUUGAUACCAUGCAACUUAUGGGUCUCACGGAGGACUACACGCGUGCGAGGGAUUGGGUGGAGAAAAAGCUGUCCUUUGACCAAGAUGCGGAGUUUAGCACGUUUGAGGUUCGUCUUCUGAAUAUCUCCUUCUGCGAUAAACUCGUGUUAUUCUCAUUAUUGCAGACGACGAUCCGAGUACUCGGCGGACUCCUUUCAGCAUAUCAUUUAUCAGGAGAGGACACUCUUUACCUCGAUAAGGCGAUAGAGCUAGCGGAUCGUAUCAUGCCAACGUUUGAUACCCCAAGUGGGCUACCUUACCCUAGCGUUAACUUGGCGAAACGGACUGGUAUCCCAGAUAAAGCACUGCCGCACCUUGUUAGUACUGCUGAGGUGUCGACACUUCAAUUGGAGUUGAGGUAUCUCAGUAUGUUGACUGCGAACGAAGAAUACUGGGAUAAAGCCGAGAAUGUGAUGCGCGUGAUCAAAGGAGCUCUUCCAACUGGAUACGGACUAGCUACUAUCUACAUGCAUGUCAAAAGCGGGAAAUUCGUUCCUUCUGACAUACGACUGGGGUCAAGGGGCGACUCUUACUAUGAAUAUCUGCUGAAACAAUAUCUCCAAACGAACAGGACCGAGUCCGUUUAUCAUGAUAUGUAUUCCGCCGCAGUGGACGCCAUUCAUGAACAUCUCAUCCGACAUAGUCCACACGCAGGGUUAAUCUAUACCGCUGAAUUCAGCCCUGAAAGGACUACGGACGGCCAAUUGUCGUGGCGUCUUUCACCUAAACAAGACCACCUUGUAUGUUUCUUUGGCGGAUCACUGAUGCUUGGGGCUACCAUGACUAGAGCGACUGUUUCUACUGUGUCCGUUCCGCCUAAGGCGGAGGAGUUGACGUCCUAUGGGGAGAGGGAUUGGGAAAAUGGUGAGGAAUUGGUGAAGACUUGUAUGGCUACGCAUGAUACUGCUACUGGUUUGUCACCGGAAAUUGUGUACUUCCGGAUGGAUGGCGAUGAGUAUGACACGGAAUAUAAUGAGGACAGCGAUGUACCAUCGUCGGACUGGUAUAUUAAAGGUGCACGGCGAGGCCAUCCACCUCCCUACGACGCUAGAUAUAUUCUCCGACCAGAAACCGUAGAAUCCCUGUUUAUCGCGUUCCGUUUGACAGGUGAUCAGAAGUAUCGAAAGUGGGGAUGGGAUAUAUUUCAAUCAAUUGAGAAACAUUGUCGUAUAGAGACGGGUGGGUAUGCGAGUGUGAUUGAUGUGGAUGAGGUGCCUACAACGAAGGAGGAUAGGAUGGAGACUUUUUUGAUGAGCGAAACAUUGAAAUACCUGUACUUGCUCUUCUCGGAUAAGGAUGUGUUACCGUUGGAUAAGUAUGUGUUUAAUACGGAGGCUCACCCUCUUCCUAUAUUUACUCCUACUGGUCGUACUGCGUUCUCGUGA